AUAAUUUACAAAACGUAUAGAAGAGUUUGUUUGAGUUCGUUUACUUUCGUGAUUUUGGCUUUGUUUCAUAUUAGAUUUUGAUCUAAUAUUGUUCAAUAUGUCGUCAGUUUGUUGUGGAACUAAAAAACAGAAGCUUAAUAACUCAUACAGUAAUAGUAUAGAACGACCUUUGAAUGGUUACCAAGAGACUGUAGCUAUUCCUGAUAUGUGUUACUUUUGUUUCGAUGUUUUGUAUUGUCAGCUACACAGUAUGGAUCCUCCACAAACGCCAAAUUUCACUAACGAGGCAUUCCCUUUAUUUGUAACCUGGAAAAUUGGGAAGGAGGAUCGAUUGCGAGGUUGCAUUGGUACAUUCAAUGCAAUGCAUUUGCAUUCAGGUCUUAGAGAGUAUGCAAUAACCAGUGCUCUGAAAGACUCGCGGUUUUCACCCAUAACACGCGAAGAGGUGCCGCGGCUGACGGUGUCUGUGUCGAUACUGCAGCACUUUGAAGAGGCGGAGCACUACCUAGACUGGAAGCUGGGCAAGCACGGCAUCCGCAUUGAGUUCAUCAGUGAACGUGGCACUAAGCGCACAGCAACCUACUUACCUCAUGUUGCUACUGAGCAAGGAUGGGACCAAAUCCAAACGAUCGACUCGCUCUUACGCAAGGGCGGUUAUAAAGCUGCGAUCACGAUGGAGUUGAGACGCAGCAUCAAGUUGACCCGUUACCAAUCCGAGGUAGUGAGCGCGUCCUACGGCGAGUACCUGAGCGCGCGCUGCUAGCACGCGGCCCCCCCCUCGCUCCACCACAAUCUAAGACUUGUAUAUCACCGUAUACCUUAUCCGUACGAUCGUGUUAGUGGUAACCUAGCUUCUAAGCGUACGUGUGACGGACGACCUUAUGUAUAUAGACAGAUUAGACAGACGCAGAAUUAUGCUCGAGGUGUGCGCUCGGCGAGCGGAAGGUCAACCUUUUUAGAAAUCCUUUAAUAGAUCUGAACACUGCCUGAAUGAAAAACACAUUCCUCCCAGAGAAUGGUGCCAUCCUUGGAUGAAUGCCGUGCUUAUGAUAAUAUUAGAAAGCGAUUCAUAUUGAUACCGUAUGUUUAAAUUUAGAAGAAAAAUAAAUAGUGAUUUUCGAUAGAUUCAAGUUUGACCGUUCGCGGAACUAGUUAACACCUUCGAAAAAAAUUCUCGAUUCGGACUAUAUGAGACGCGACUGUUAUAUCUACGGUUGUAAUGGUUGAAAUAAUGCAGGUUUAUUAUGAUUAUGAAGAAUGUUUCGUAGAAGUUCGUUUUUUUAUGUUUUGUGAAUCAAAAGAGAAAGAUUAGGGACACUAGAGUAGAAAUCAUAUUUUUAUGUAAGAAAAAUAAUUGAUACAAAUGUUUCACUAUCAUAAUCAUACGCUGUAUUUUCUUCAUUCCGACCGUGGCUAAAAUGGAGCCCUACAUAUAUAACUUUAAAGUUUGUAUUUGUUUAUAAUUCUGGAGAUGGGGACUUUGUACAAUGUCAAGACGAUAUGUUUAAGUGUGACAAUGGAAUUUCGGAGAAGGCAAUGGUCACGCUCGACCGAUGCGUCCAUUACGCUAUUAAAAGUUAAAGUACGUGUUUAUAAAUAGGAGCUCAUGAUUGUUUCGUUUGAUAUUUAACUAAAAAUAAUGAAAAGAUCUCUAAAAGAUGAUGAUUUAUCGAGGAACUGACAUUACUUAAAUCAAUAUUGAAAAAAAAAGCUAUAGGUGCAAUUCCCAUUUUCAUUACUGUUAAGGAGAUAAAAAUGUAAAAUAUUACUUUUAUUCAUAUGUC